UGUAACGACUGCCUGGUGGUACCUCUAGCGGUCCUCAGGGCAGGAUUCCCCAGGGCGCGGAGUCUAAGUCCCAGUCUGCUAUUCACCAGGGCCCUGAUGGUGGGGAUGGACUUGGAGCAGACAGGAACCAGGUCGCGGCCCCUGAGUACACCUGCUAGUGAUAGAGGGAUCCGCCAGAGGUCUGCUAGUGAUAGAGGGAUCCGCCAGAGGUAUGUGCAGGUACGGCUGGAUCCGUGCAGGAUGGAUGGAUGGCAGAGUAGUUAGCGUGGUCAGACGGGCCAAGUCAGCAACGUGCGGGCAGCAAGGUAUCAAAGGAGCAGGCAGAGAAUGGUCAAGGUCACAAGCCGGGUUCAGUAACUCACGGACAGCGCAGUACAGAGGAU